UCGGUCUUCUUUUUCUUCCAACUACUUAGAACCUGUUCCUAUAAUUAUUUUGCUUUGUAAUGUCGAUAAAUGUAUUUGCAUCUGAAAAAAAAAACAUUACUUCAAAAGAAUGACGAAUGAGGAAACCAGUACUUUACACUAUCAGAAGAUUAAGUUAUCGUGGUUUCGCGAGAGCCUGUGUACUACUUGGAUGCAGCUUAAUGCGGGAAGGGCCACGUUCGGAGACCCGUUGGGGACCCCUUCGGCUAGAAGGACCAGAAGGGCCACAAUCACGUGCGCAGGGUACAUAGCUCCCAUCCGAGCCCAGGGCAACUCCUCAAAAAUUCGCCUUGAUUCAACCCUAGCCAAUAUUUCUAUCGCUGCCCGCGAAAAAUCUCAAAAAUUGACUACCUUGCAAGGCAAGGGUUGCUUGACAUCGAGUAAGCAUCAUACAUUGACGGCACAAAUUUCGCAUCGUAUGAUAGUAGUAAGCAGGAAUAGAGCAACCGAGACGAGCUACCAAAGCGAUUACAGAUGCCCCCUAUACGUUUCAUCGAUGCGUCCUAGAGUUUUACAGCAGAAUACAGAGGUUGGCAUCUCAUUCGUGGUCGCUAUCUCUAAUUCCAAAAGGCAUGCUACACCUCAAAGAUGCAUUCAUACACAUGUCGCUGCGUUCAAGGCCGCAAUUAUCCGCGGGAAAUUGAGUUUGGAAAUUUACACAUACUUUGCAUGGGUCACUCUGCAUGACAAGGUCGAACGCAGCAUGUCGGUGUGUGUUGCGUCUCUGCCUCCUUCAUCCAUCUUAUUUAUUUCCAUUGUUACUACCGUAUUCCGAGCCUUCCAGCCCAACAAAUCUGAUCUGCAUCUCGCGAUGUUAAAAAGUCAAAGAACUCUUUUGGUCGUGGCCUUAUCCAUCACACAUUAUGUGGAGGCAAGCAAGCUGCAAGAUAGAAGCGUUGAUCUGCCCGUUGCCGAACACGUCGUUCCUAUUCGUCGUCUAUCCUCUUCUUCUUCUCAGCUCUCUGGCCGAGACGAACUUCUCUCAAGCAACGACAUCGCUGUUUCAGGGCGAACUGCUGGCUUGCGUAAUACCCGCGAUAUUUUUGGAGUCGACGUCCAGGUCGGAGACCAAGUAUCUACUCUGAUUUUCAACACAGGGGUUCCAUUUACUUUGGUCUUCGCUCCAGGGUUUCAAUGCUUAGACACCGAUGGGAACAAGUUUAAACCGGAUACGUGCCCAUUCACUGCCCACGAUACCGCCAGUUUCUCCGGAGGCAAGAUAGAUGGCCCAAUUCUGAAUCUUACUUAUGGAGAUGGGACUGGUGCUUCAGGCCCACGAGGUUACGAAAAGGUCAGCUUGGCUGGAAUUCAUAUUGAUCGACAGGAGAUCGCCAUCUGCAACCGUGCUGUAGAACAGGAUUGGACAACAAAGCCAGUGGGUGGUUUCGUGGGGUUUUCAUUUCCAAACACCGAUACUCAGCAGCUAAAGGCAAACUACUCAUAUACACCGUGGAUUUUCACAGCUUAUGAACAAGGGUUGAUUUAUCCACCCGUUUUCUCUGUCGCCUUGAACCCUGUUUACAAGCGCUCAGUCGAUUUUGCCAAUAAUGGUGCACUAGCUAUUGGCGGCCUGCCACCAAACGUACCAACUACUGGAUCAUGGGCAAUUACACCAGUGGUCAGCGAUUUUGAGGACAAAGUAAUCCGAUACUGGACCAUCAUACCGGAUGGCUUUACAGUAAAGUCGAAAGAAAAUCCGCGUGGCAAGUUUGUGCCAUGGACUGAACAAGCGGGAUACAUUCCUGGACUUCGACGACUGCAGGUUGCCUCCAGUAUUUGGGGCAUCAACCUUCCAAAACCAUAUGUUGACGAGAUCUACAAGUCUAUUGAUCCAGCCCCUUACCAAACAAAGGACGGGAGUUGGGUGGCUAACUGCAAUGCUUCUUAUACGGAUGCAAGUGUACGAAUAGGAGGCGUGGAUCUUUUGAUCGAUCGUUACUCGGUUAUCACUUCACAGUUUGGAGACGAUCUUGAACCGGGCCAGUGUUUCCUUGGUGUAUACCCAGGCGGCUACUCUCUUGGAGCCAAUUUCCUCAGGAGUGUUCUAGCAGUGCAUGACAUGACUAAAGGGAAGGAAAGAAUGCUAUUUAAGCAACGGGUGCUUCGGUUGCUUGAAAACUAA